UUCAAAAUAACAAUGAACAAAGAGGACCAGAGAAUGAUGUCGAUGCGUCUGUCCCGGGUGUUGGAGGCUAUCGGGGUCAACAGGUACAUGAUGGACCGAAGGAGGAGGACGUGGCUUGUGAGGGAGACAAUGGCGACAAUAAGUAGUCAAAUAAAAAACAUCAAUUAUAUUACGUACCACAUUGGCAGUCAAACAGAGGGAACUACAACCAAUGGGAUGGAGUCGGACAUCGAUAUACUGAUUUGUCUUAAAAAUGUUCCUGUAAUAUUGGACUGGAGCGAUUGGCAGCAGGGUAGGCCACAUCUUCUCGUAGUAAAGACUGGUGAGACUCCACCCCAGCAUUGCUGCCUACAGAGAUUAGGCCAAGAUCAACCAUUACCAGAGACACAGGUUGUAUUUCCUAGUGAUGUGAUAGACAGUGAAGGAAGAGUUCUGCACACAAACUCUCUGAUAGAGUAUCAAGAACAUCCCAGGAGUCAAGGAAAAGUUAUAGUGCAAAAUGGCCCGUCCAGGAGCUGGGAUAAAUACUAUGAUUUUGUUAUAGCCUAUCAUUGCACCAUGCUUCCUGAUGAGUGUCAGUUCUUGUUUCGCAGACCACGUCCUGGACACUGGCCAAGACCUUGCACACUGGCCAAGGCCAGACGGACAGGGGUGUUCCUGGUGCCGCAAGGAUAUUCCGAUUCUCCUUCCAGACAAUCAAGAUGUCGCUCAACUGCACUCCAUGUUAUUCAAGAUGACCAACACUAUCCACAGUCAAGAAGGGAAUGGAGGUUUUCAACCUCUAUGAUGGAGAGAUUAUUAAUAUUUGACAUGAAUAUUGUGCAGUGCAAGACGUAUGUGUUCAUCAAAAUAUUAAGAAAAACAUUCCUAAAGCCAAUAGUUGGAGACCGUCUUAGCACAUUUCAUAUCAAGACUGCCAUGUUGUUUACUAUUGAGUCAUAUCCACCAGCAAUAUGGAGAAAGGAUAACCUUAUAACGUGUGUGAUCUACUGUCUUACAACGCUGCGCAGAUGGCUUAAGAUCAACUACUGUCCACACUACACCAUUUCAGGGGUGAAUCUUUUUUCUGGAAAAUUGUUUAGAUUCGAGCUCCAAAUUCUCGCAAACGAAAUCUUAAAAAUGAUCAGUGAAAAUUUCAGCUGCAUCCUUCAGAUACAGAUGGACGAUUUAGGCAGAAGGAUGUCGCCAAUUAGUAGACAUUUGCAACUCUGUAAAACCAGAAAUAUGGUACAUACAAAAACAAAUUUGAUUCUAUGUCGAACAUUUAUUGCGAACCUAGAAAGCAUCAUUGAUAGAAUAGUCAAUGGUAAUACAUAUAGUUCUUGCUUGCAGAUCACCAAAAACCUGCUUGGUACCUUUAACAUCAAAACGCCAAUCGAACAAGAAGUAGUUUCUAUCAUAAAACCCUUUUUGUAUGCAAGACUUGCCUCCCUUGAGGCCUCUAAGUGUAUUUAUCUUGGUCAACCAAUAACUGAAAAGACUAGAUACCUGUAUAGUUUAUCGUUUGACUCCGACCUGCUGUCAAGCAGACUAAAGUUUGCCUCCAUGUUGUACUGCAUUGGUCAGUAUGAGACAGCAGCAAACUGCCUGACAGACUACGAGGGCUUGAUUGGGCAUGCAGUGUGGCAUUUAUGUAUGUGUGUGGGACGCUGUCCAAGUAUACCAGGCAACGCAUUCUAUGAUAUCUACUCAAUUUCAUAUACCAAGGACAUGAAGAACACAGUUUUGUGUGUACGCUUUACUCAUCCAGAAAUGUGUUGCAUACCUAAACAUCUUGUGUAUGAACUGUUCAGAACAAUAAGUGAUGUCGACAAACAAGAACGUAAUCCGGAAGAGUUGUAUGAAUGGAUGGACUGUGCUGUGAUUGACUGUGUCCCAUUCCUUUACUACAUGCAAUAUCUCUCUUACAGACAAUUGAACCAGCAAGCAUUGAAAAAUACAGCAUGUCAAAACUUACAUAAAUAUGCAUUUCAGGACAGUAAAGGCUAUGGUCACUACGACACAGUCUUCAAUAUCCUCGGGCACUGCUAUGAACUGGAGAACUGGAUUGAUAAAGCCUGGAUAUGCUACAAAAACUCUCUAAAAAUCUACCCAAGAAACAAUGCUGCCAAGUGGCAUGUGGCUAGACUGUUCUGUAAUGCUGUGAACAAUCGCUAAAUAACUUGAUAGAUAAAGGGUUUAGAAGUUGAAGAGGAAAAUAUCCACUCAAUUCAUCUAGAAGUAUUGAACUGUGUUAAUUGAGCAAUGAUUAUCACUUAGCAUAGUAUGUUUUGUUUUUUUCAAGAAGAAUUGCUAAUAUGUAAUGAUUAAUGUUAUGUACGUUAUUUUGUCUUCUCCUUUUACUUUUCUUUUUGGGGUGGGGUGGGGGCGCU